UAAGACAUCCAAUUCAAUAUGUCCAAUAGGCGAUUAGAGAUGGGAGAAUGGAAGUUUAGGAGAGAGGCUAAGGCAGAAUAUGUAGAUCUGGGUAUCAUCAAUAUAGAGAUGAUAAUUGAAACCAUGGGAUCUCAUGAAUAUCAAAUGAAAUAAUCUAGAGAGAAGAUGGCUCAGUACAAAGUCCUAAGGGAUAUCUGUCAUUACUGGAUGUGACCUAGAUGUAGAUAUAUAGUAAAGGAGACAGAGAAGUGGUCAGACAGAUAGGAGGUUAAAGUUAGAUGGAGAACAAGAUCUUGGAAACCUAGAGAGUAUCAAGGGGAAAAGAGUGAUGGGUAAUAUCAGAGGCUGCAUAGAAGUUAAAAAGGAUAAUAAUCCAAAAAAGGCCUUUAGUUUAACAACAGAUUGUUGGUAAUAUUGACUAGAUAGUUUCAGUUGAAUGAUGGAGUCACACUCUAGAAUUAAGAAGAAAAUGAGAGGAAAAGAAAUGGCAGCACCAAAUUAUACAUGAUCUUCUUAAGGAGUUUAGCUAUGAAAGGGAAGAAAGAUUCAGAAUGAUAGCUUUUGGGGAUGGAUGGUUCAAGUGAUGGUUUUUUGACUAUAGAAGAGAUAUAGAUAUUUGUAGGCAAUUGGGAAACAUCUAGCACACAGAGAAAGGUUCAGAAUCAGUGAAUGGGGAUGAGAGUGUUAACUGCUAGAAAAGAUGGGAUGGAAUAGGAUCAUCAUUCGUAUCUGGCAAUUUUCUUUGGGAAGACAGGUAAAGAUUGUUGGAAGGCUGCAAAGUGGUGUAAGAUAAAGAGGAGAGAAAAGGAUAGUCUUGGAAAAUGGACUUCAAUUAUUUUCAGUAAAAUAAAAUAUAGUUCUCAGCUAUUAGGAAGUUUGAAGGGUAAACAAAGGUUUCAAGAAGCUUUUGUGGUAAAAGGGAGACUGACAUCUUUAGAGAUGUGUAAAAGGAUUGUCAUACCACAGUAAGGGUCCACUGGAGAUGAUAUGAUAUACAUAUAUAACAUAGUGGACCCAGUUAGCACAAUUUUGUGAUUUCUUCCAGCUUCCCAUUCAGGACCACUUGAAUGUGGGAGCAAUUUCUUUCAUAUAUAUAUUUGAAUCAGUUCUCUGUAUAUUUUGGAUAGGAAAUCUUUAUCAGAAGCUUGCUACAAAGAUUUCCCCCCCAGUUCACUGUUUUGCUACUAAUUUCAACUAUCAAUCAUUUCCUACUUGGCUGCUUUCCGGGACCCCAUCAUCAUCUCCAGAAAUUCAUCAUUCUGCAAGGUGCAAUCCUCAACACCCCCUGCUCCUGGAACUCCUUCCUCCUCCUGGAUGGAGAGGAUCAGGGUGGAAAUAUAGGAGCUCCUCUCUGAUCUUCCAGCAUUUAAAGAGAGUACCCAGGCAUCCAGCCUUCUACAUCUUUGAACCAAGAACUUCUGUUGAAAAUUAAGACUGAAAUUGAAGAAGAGCUGAGGUCUCUGAAUGAAGAAAUUUCUGAAGCUUUCACCAGCACAGGCUUUGACUGCCACACAUCUGUAGUAUUCAACCCUGUUACCCCAGAGAGCUCAAUAGAAGACUGCUUGGCCCAAAUUGGACAGAAGAUGUCACUGGAACUGAAAGAACACAUGCAUGAAGCAUUGCAGACUCUGCUCAGUCAGCCAUUGAGCUAUCAGGCAUAUCGGGAAUGUACACUGGACACUGCAGCUCUUGCCGGCGGCUGGAAUAAGGUUUUGGUGCCUCUGAUUCUACUACAGCAAAUACUGAUGGAGUUGACAAGACGAGGACAGGAUCCCCUUAGUUCAUUGAUAGAGUUUGGUGUGACGUAUCUGGAGGAUCAUGCUGCAAAUUAUAUAAUUCAGCAAGGCGGAUGGGGCACUGUCUUUAAUCUGGAGUCAGAAGAGGAGGACCCUGGAAUUAUUGCGGAGGACAGCAAUGAUAUUUACAUUCUAACCAGUGACAAUUCUGCACAGGUCACGCCUCCGGAAUCUCCAACUGUGACCACUUCCUGGCAGUCAGAAAGCUUACCUGUUUCUCUGUCAGCAAGCCAGAGCUGGCAUACAGAAAACUUACCAGUGUCCUUGGGGCCUGAGUCCUGGCAACAGAUCGCUAUGGAUCCUGAAGAGGUUAAGAGUUUAGAUAGUAAUGGUGGUGGGGAAGAAAGAAGUGAGAACAACUCUUCUAAUUCUGAUAUUGUGCAUGUGGAGAAAGAAGAAAUACCAGAGGGGAUAGAAGGGAUAGUGUCAGCUCCUCUGGUACUACAGGUACAAGAAGGGUUUCAGGGUACCCCCACCCUCUUGCUUUCAGAUACCACUGCCACUUCCUUGUUAGAGAUGGAACAGGUCACAGAGACUGCUGCUGGUGAAAAAACUAGCCCUGCCACAUCUUCAUUUGUAGAACUUGAAGAAGAGGAGAUCAGAGCAGCAAAGGAGAAGUCGGUUGGACAGCAGUUCCCCAAGCCACGUCAGCCUUCUUUGACAUCGACCUCCCAAACUGGUGAAGGGGUACCUACCCCAGAGCUGAAGAAAAUACUGCCUCAGGAGGGAGAGCGAAAAAUAAAGGAGAGCCUUUCCGAAGCCACAUCCCCUGCUGCAGAAGAGAAGCACAUUUUGUUACCAGAGGGCAAAUCUAUCCUGCUUUAUGGUGGUGCUGCUGCUGUCGCCAUGUUGGCAGUGGUGGUUGGAGUGGCUCUGGCAUUGAGAAAGAAAUAGCACAUUGCAUGAGGGCAAGGAAAGCAAAAAGAUGACUACAUUUGGAUUUGGAGUGAAGUUACUGAUAACAAAGUCCGUAAGAUGUGUGUUCUUCCUGUGGAUUCAGACACUGUAAGCAUGAAAGAUAAGGGCUAAUUCAGUGGAAUCUGAAAUGGGAAUUCCUGGGGGCGAAAGAAUUAAGUGGCAGACCACAUAAGCAACUGGCCUGUCUGCUGUUAACCCCCUGAAAUUUCUAGUUUUCUUAAGGUACUGGCUGUUGUUGCAGCCACACAAAUUCAUCCCUUCUCCUUUCCCUACUUCCUCUGUUCUGUAGCAUGAGGGAGCCCUCCCCUUAUGUUUCAGCUGCCUCUCAGGUACUGCACUGCUCCUUUUCAUCCCCAAAUUUCUUCUAAGUCCCCAUGGGAGAGUGCUUGCUCUAUACCUCUGCUCUUACCAGUCAAGUCCCCAAAGCUAUCUACAGCUCUGCCUUGUAAAGAUGCUGCCUUUAGAACUCUUAAAAAAAACUAUCCCCAAACCAGAGAUACCUAGGGUUCCUUAUGCAGUUAAAGUAUAGGGCAAAUCAUUGUUGAUCAGAAUGAGAAAUUUCAGUCUUACUUGGAGAUCGAGGGUCAGACCUGUUGACUUGCUCUGGUUCCUUUUUAAUAAUCAUUCUGUUCACCUUUCUGGUUGUUUUUCUCAGUGAUGGAAUCAACUCUACUGUCACUUGUCUGUGACUUUGCUUUUUUCAUUUGCUGAUUGUCUUUUUACUAGAUGUCUAGCUCCUCCUGACAGAUCACAAUUCAUUGUGAUGAGGAUUGCUUAUGGAGCCACCUAACAAUUUGUUAAAUAUAGAAAGUCAUUUAUAUUUUGUUGAAGUCAAUCUAGAAACUUGGGGAACCUGUCAAAUAAAGACUAAGGCCUACUCUGAGGUAUUAAUUUGACUUGAAUGUUCCAAGAUGGUGUCACUAUAAUCUUGGUUUCUUCAUUCUUCCUAAUAAAGUGAUAUAAGCCAAAAAGGAAAUCAAAGCAGUGGUUCCCAGUCAGUGAAGUUAGUUUUUAUUCAAUACAAUCUCUUUCCCAUCUCUUUGUCAGUGUUUUAAAUUCCUUCCCCAAAAGAGGGCUAGAACUAUAUUGUUUCAUGCUUUUAAGGUCACAGUGUCAUUACGCAGAUGACACAUGCCAGAUGCAAAAAGUUAUUUCACACUCAAAAGAAAAUGUAAAUCACUUUUUUCGAUUUUGUAAUUUGUAAUAAAAUUAAUUUGAAAAGAUACCUAACUAAAACCAAUCACAUAAACCUUCAUGUUUUAUAUGUACUUUAUUUUUGCAUUUCUUUUCAUUUAAAAAAAAUAUUCUUCCUAGAGCAAUAUUGUUUCUUAGUGGGUCAAGAAAUUAACCAAAAAUGUGUCUAACUUAUGUCGUUUUAUAGAUGCAAUGUAUUGUCGUUCCUGAGAUUUGCUUAGGGUUUUAUAUUCUCUGAGCUUAAGCGUAAUUUAAGAAAUAGCCAGAAUUAACACAAUUAAGAAUGAAUUAAGAACCAGAAAAUUCCUUGAACACUACUAUUCUUUGAGGUAGUGGCAGUCAGAUUUGGCUUGUGUACUUUUUAACUUCUGCAUCUUGAGUUUGUCUUUUUAAUCCUAAUGCCUCCUGAUGACUUAUAAUAAUGAAGAGGACUGAUUAGUUUAUCUUGACUUUCUUUUUUAAUAGUAAAAUAAAAUUCUCCCUUCUUAAAAUAAUUUUUAAAACCGUGGGUUUCAAAACCCAGUGGUUGGUGAUGAAUACAUAAAAGAGGCACUAAUAAAGGCAAACCCAGGUUUUUGAGCUUUUAAUUAGGGGAAUUUUAUGAGCUGCUUAUUUAUGUGUGCUUGCUUUCUUUUCCUUUCAAGAAAGAGAUAAGAAAGAAGAGGAGCCUAAAAAAGUGAUUAUUUCAGUUAUAACAUUAUGAGUUCAUUAUGUUUGCUUUUCCUUCUGUUGGACCCAAGCAGUUUUUUUUUUUUUUUUUUUUUUUUUUUGCCAAAUUUGUUGUAUAUAUUAAAUACAAUUUCCUUGCCUCACCCCUUAACUUCCUAAGACCCUUUUUAGUUCUUGGGUAAGGUAGGAUAGACUUCUUAUGUAUUAAUGUUUCCAUUAUCCUUUUGACUCGCUAAAUCAAAAUUAAAAUGAAGAUUUAAGGAAAAUUUAAUUGGUUUGUAGAAACCAUCUUUUUAAUAUUUAGACAUCUUUUCUUGUUUACCCUGUUUUUAAAAGGGUGCUCCAUUCUUUGGAAUAUUGAAGAAUACAUGUUUUUAACUUCAGUUUUCUAUUGCCGGUUUGGAUGGAAUAUAUAUCUUCUUAAUAAUUUAUUUUAACACUCAGUAAAGAGCCAGGCUAAAAAUAAGAAUUUUAUCCUUUUUUGGGGGCAAACAAGGUUUUCUUCCAUAGAGCCCUUUUCCUGCCAUACUGCAGGAUAUUCUGAGGGUGCUAAAUUAAUAAUAGUUGUUUUUGUUUUAAUGAUAUUUAUGGGGAAAUAAACACUUCUGGGGGGGGGAGGGAAAGAAGAGGGAAGGAUAGGAAUACAAGUGUUAACCAUUUCUUUCACAGAUUUUCCACACUUAGACAUCUAAAUCCUAGGUAUGUUCUAUGUGCCAUUUAUUUUUAACAUAAUCCUGGUAAAUUCAAUCACUGAUAGGAUAGUUUAUUUUUUUUUUCCCCUCAGCAGAAUAAACUAAGGACAUAGUUGUCUUGAUUUCUAUUCUAUGUUCUUUUGCAGAUUUACUCUGACAAAUAAUUUCAUUGAUCUCUCCUCCAGUUUCCUCUUAUAUAAAAUAACUUUAAUAGUUGAUUCAUGUUUAUUUUCUGAAGAUUAUGUGUGAAACAGUAUAAUAGUAUUAUUAAUCUUCAGAGAUUUCUAGCAUUUUCUGUUAGAAACUUUAUAAAAAUUAAAGGUCAUCUUAUAAAAUUUCUAGGGCACCUUUCCCUUAUUCCUUUCUGUGGUAACCAACCUCAUGACUUUCCUCUUCUCAAAUCACCAUGUUUGAAUCUGCAAGAAUUGGAGUUGCUGAUGACAAUUAUAUCACGACUUUCUGAGACCUUCAAAAAGCAAUUUGGGAGGUUGAGCAUUUUUUCACUAGAUUCAUUCUCACUUUA